GUCCUUUGAAUGCAACAACAUCAACAUCGUCUCAGGGAUUCGCUCAUCAAACGGGUGUGGGUGUACUGCGCAUGUGCAGGACCGAGCUCUUUCGGGAAGCAAAGUCGGGUUUAUCCAAGCGCUUCGCAUCAAAAACCAAAAAAAGAAGAGUCAUGUCAGGAUUUCUGGACGGAAUCCGGUGCGGAGACUGUGAGUGCAGUGUGGACUGGGGAGAGAGGAGAAACACGAUCGCCUCUAUAGCUGCUGGAGUCCUGUUCUUCACUGGUUGGUGGAUCAUCAUCGAUGCUGCUGUGAAAUACCCUCUAGACCCGGAUUUUCAUCAUGCCUACCACGCCUGCGGAGUCAUUGCUACAGUGGCCUUUCUCAUGAUAAAUGCUGUUUCAAAUGGCCAAGUGAGAGGAGACAGCUACAGUGAAGGCUGCAUGGGACAGACAGGCGCAAGAGUGUGGCUCUUCAUUGGCUUCAUGCUGGCCUUUGGCUCGCUCAUCGCCUCUAUGUGGAUUCUGUUUGGAGGAUUCGUAGUGCCUGCAAAGGAAUAUGUGUACCCCGGCAUCGCCAUUUUCUUUCAAAACGCAUUCAUUUUCUUUGGGGGUUUGGUCUUCAAGUUUGGACGUACAGAGGAUCUGUGGCAGUAAUACUGUACAUUCUGUGUGUCGUCAUGUCCACUGAUAUACACUCUGCUUUCAAUAUUGUAUAAGACGAUAUGCUUUAGUGGCCGCGUACUUUAUAUAUUAACUUUUUUAGCUUUCAAAGGAACGUUUAAUUUAUAACUUUUGCUGUAUAUUGGCAUAAGCAUUCACAAGCACAUAUGUUCAUAAAUUCUUUUAAACCUUUAAAAAUGUGGCACAUCUUGAAGUUGGUCAGCACUCAGUGUGUGUGGCCAAAUUGUUAGACUGGUUUACAUCAUGUGCUUAAAAAAAAUUAUGCAUUUUGAAACAUUUAUUUUUCUGAAUUGACAUCUACCAUUUUUACCAUAUUUGAAUUGUAAAAAAACCCCACAAAUUAUUAUGGUACAAAAUUCCAUUGAGAAACCAUGUUUCAUAAUCCUUAAUGCAUAAACAGUGAAUGUAGUUAAAUGGGAUCGUUUGUUAUUUUCAUGAUGGAACGCUAUUAGGUCUGAAAUUUUGCAGUCGUCCAGAUUUAUUGGUUAAUUUAGGUAAUGGGGUUCUUUUGAUGACUUAAGGUCAACACUGGAGAUUUGAGAUUUGUAUAUAAUUGUCCAUAUGGCUUGUGAAGUUUCCAAACCAAUAUGUCAAAUCCUGACAACAAUGGCAACAUUAAACACAAACGUACUGAAGAGUAA